AUGUCAUCAGUUGCUAAUUUAUUCAUUGAUAAAACCCAGGCGCCACCGCCAGAAGACCAAGGCAUUAUGGACAUUGGUAAGAAUUGUUCGUAUUGCAACCAGCUAGACUUCUUGCCAUUCACUUGUGAGUUUUGUAAAAAGACGUACUGUUCCAACCACCGAACUUUGGAACAACAUCACUGCCCACAUAAGGACAAAUUUUAUAAUCAAGCACCAACCUAUGAUGGGACUUUAUCUUCUUCGUCAACCGUUUCAUCAAAAUCAUUGUUUCCCGAUAGAAAAGCUGAUAAAAGGAUAAUAGAUGCUAGAUUAAAGAGUCCUGAGCCUACAACAAUUAAAGAAACGCAGUUUCGAGUAGGAGACGUAGCGGGAACCAAUGCAUUUAAAAAGUUUCAAAAGUUUCUCAACUUGCAAAAGGAUAAAAAGAGUUCAAGUGGAGGAGGAUCUCUAUCGAAAUUAUUUGGCGGCAAGAAAUCAUCCACAACUAAUCAGUAUGCAGAUAUGGCAAAAUUGAAAAAAUAUGCUCAAGGAGAUGCCAAGAUUGCCUUAUCGGAUAGAGUAUACAUUUGGUGUGUUUAUGUUAAAGACCCCAAUACCACCAUGAAUAUUGACCAGGAUAAGAAACCAGUUUUUAUAUCCAAAAGCUGGGUCAUUGGUAAAUCAUUGGACUCGAUAGCUGAGAAGUUGUAUAUUCCAAAUAUGAAUAAUCUGACAACCAAGACUGAUGAAAAGUUGAACAUUUUCAAAGUUGACGAUAGCAAGAAUGAGCCAAGUUUGGUAAAGAAUUCAGACAAGUCAAGCAUAUUGAAAAAUGGUGAUAUUAUAUACUUGGUUAGAGGAGUCAUAUAG